UCUGGAGGUGGGCUGAGCCUUAAUUCUGUGCUGUAUAAGUUUGCGCCUGCUGCAGGUCCGCGGAGCAGCAAAUUGGGAAUACAGUAAUCAUAAUUUAGGAGAGUGUGUAAAGCAGGUGGUACGACGUACCGCCAGCCAGCGAUGGAGGCGACGUUUUGUCGCCGUCUUCUCUCCGCGCUCCGAACGGCAAUGAGGUGAUGGCAGCCCUCCGCUGUGCUAGCUAGCUAGAUCCAUUACUGACGAUCGGUGUCUCUCGACCGUGCGCGUAUCAAAGGGACUUGGAAGGAAAUUGUCAAGAUGGCACCAGCUAUAGAAAUGGGAACGGGCGAGCACUCGUUUUUUCCGAUGGGAUUUUGAAGGUUGGAGCAGCCUGGUGGAUUAUCGCGAACGGGGACGGGGGGGAUGUUAGCUGUUCCCGCUGAGGCAUUUCUGCGUUUGGACGCUUUCUCUCUCGGUAUGCGCUGCCACAUCGCAAGCUAGCUGUCGACGGGUGCAUUGCAGCAGAGCUGGUGGAAUCGCACGCUAUUCUAAGAACUGAAUGUACUCAACGAUGGGCAAAUACCGUAAUACCGUAUUACGGGUACCAGAUGCGAUUGGUUUGUUGAAACAUAAACUGCAUAACGAGGAGCUUGUCGUAAACGGCCAACCAGGAAUAGACGUAGCUAAUCCAUUUGUAUUGCGAUUAGCUACAGUAGGUUAAGUACGUUGCGCGUGGAGUGUAAUACUAACUUGAAAUACAUGUUCAAUGUGCAGAAAUGCAGUCAGCCCGUUGUGCAUAAAUAGCUAGCGUUCGGGUAAUUUUAAUAUUAGUGCUGUGCAUUAAUAUUAAAGCUCUCAUGCAUUGCAUUCUGACCGUAACUCAGAAUUUAAGGCUGCUCAAUAGAUAUAACUUGUUUUGCUGGGGAAGGAAAUAAAAACAUAUUAAUGGAAUACAGCUUUGACAGUUAACUGACAAGGUUGCUAUUUGUUAGUUAUUCGUUGGAUGAAGAGGGUCGUUGCUGGGACGAACGAGAGUUCUGUGAACAUGGAAGAGGCACCGUCACCUGACCCUCUCUCUUCGCUGGGUGUGGAAAUAGACCCAGAUUUUGAGCCGCAGAAAAGGCCACGAUCUUGCACCUGGCCUUUGCCUCGACCGGAGUCCAGUGCGGGAAAGCCCGGAUCCUCCGACGCUGCGAUCAUCCCCGAGGAAGGAGACGACGGGGAUGACACUGCCCCUUGUGUCCCCAGCGACGCCAACGGCAUAGCGAGCUACACCUCCAUUACGGAGGAGGACGGAAGCAGCCCCAAUGCCAUCCCCGUGGAAGGAGUUACCGCUGCGUCCGCCGUCCCGCACAAAUCCGGAUCUCCGCUCUCCUCGCUCUCUCCGUCCGCGGCUGGCGGCGGCCAGGGGUCCCAGCAGCCGAGAAAGUCGUCCUCUCGCCGGAAUGCUUGGGGUAACCUCUCGUAUGCCGACCUUAUCACCAAAGCCAUUGAGAGCUCGCCUGAAAAAAGACUUACCUUGUCCCAGAUCUACGACUGGAUGGUCAGAUGUGUGCCGUACUUCAAGGAUAAAGGCGACAGCAAUAGUUCAGCGGGGUGGAAGAACUCCAUCCGCCACAACCUGUCGCUGCACAGCCGCUUCGUACGGGUGCAGAACGAGGGCACGGGGAAGAGCUCCUGGUGGAUGAUCAACCCCGAGGGGGGCAAAGGGGGCAAAGCGCCGCGGCGACGGGCCGUCUCCAUGGACAACAGCAGCAAGUACGCCAAGAGCCGGGGGCGGGCCGCCAAGAAGAAGGCCGCGCUGCAAGCUGCCCAAGAGGAGGGGCUGGAGAGCCCGUCGGGCGCGGCGAAAUGGCCGGGGAGUCCCACGUCCCGCAGCAGCGAUGAGCUGGACGCCUGGACCGACUUCCGCUCCCGCACCAACUCCAGCGCCAGCACUCUGAGCGGCCGCCUCUCCCCCAUCCUGGCCAACCCGGAGCUGGACGGCGUUCCCGACGACGACGACCCGCCCCUCUCCCCCAUGCUGUAUUCCAGCCCCAGUGGGACGUCACCCUCGGUGGGCGGGGCUGGCCCCCCAGAGCUGCCCCGCCUGGCCGACCUGGCCGGCACCAUGAACCUCAACGACGGGCUGUCCGACGACCUCCUGGACGACCUGCUGGACGACGUGGGGCUCACCCCCCCGCGGGACGUGUCGCCGGGCGGCGGCGGGGGCGGGGACGGCGCCCAGCGUGGCUACGCCGCCUCCAUCUUCGGUCCGCCCUCGCUGGCGGGGCUCCGCCCGUCCCCGAUGCAGACCAUCCAGGAGAACCGGCAGGCCUCGUUCUCCUGCGGCUCCCGCUUCGGCGCUCAGACCCUGCAGGACCUGCUCGGCGCCGCCCCCCGCAGCCACGGCGACGUCAUGAUGACGCAGUCCGACCCACUGAUGUCGCAGGCCAGCGCCGCCGUGUCCUCCCAGAACUCCCGGCGCAGCGCCAUGCUGUCCAGCCAGGGUGGGCCCGCCGGCAAGGCCGCCCCUCUCCGCCACCAGCCCCAGAACCGAAACCCCUCGCCGGCCGCCUGGCGGACCGGCCUGAGCUCCAUCGAGACGGGCGACCUGGACUCCGGCCGGCAGCAGCUGCGGUCUCCCGGCAACGCCUCUAUGCAGCUGGGAUCUUCCUCCUUCUCCUCCCAGGACCGUCUCCCCGGCGACCUGGACCUGGACAUGUUCACCAGCAGCCUGGACUGCGACGUGGACUCCAUCGUGCGCUCGGAGCUGAUGGACGCUGACGGGCUGGACCUGAGCUUCGACUCGCUCAUCUCCUCUCAGAACACCGUCUCCCUCGGCAUGGGCAGCUUCACCAGCACCAAGCAGGCCUCCUCCCAGAGCUGGGUGCCGGGCUGAGGGGCCACGAGUCAGGGAGGUUCUCACAAUGCUGCACAACCCAACACGAUGUCCUUUGCCAAACCAGCCGUCAGCACGAGGUGGAUCGCAGGCCGCUAACAGAGCUGCAUCCACAGAACCUUUCCAUCGUUUCUACACGACCAAGAGGCACCGACAGACCAAUCCGCUCAACUCAGCUUUUUAUGAACUUCCUGGCAAAAAAGAAAAACAAAAAAAAAAAAACAUCUGAAUUAUGCAAUCUUUGAACAUAUGUUACGAAAACCAUGCCUGAUAUCAAAAAAGAUGGGGUUGAAAACCUUCGAGUGUAAUGUAGCCCUUCACAGUAGAGUAGUUUUUAUGAAUACAGUGUGAUGUAGUAUUAUCUAAACAGUGGUAUAUGGGAUAUUUCAGUCUUCACUUGAUCCUAUUUUUCUCAGUGUUUUUAAUAUUUAAAGCCCCACCCCCGAUUACUUUAAACUCAAGAAGUUUGAAGGCCAUGGGUUAAUUCCAGAACGGGGAUUGUCCGCAUUUUUAGUGCUUUUGAUUUUGUUCUUAAAUCUCCCAGUCCCCUUUUUAAUAUUAUAUCCGAUAAGAACCUUUAGUAAUGCGUAUAGGAGAGACCAUAAACAUUGGUGUGUGUGUAAGUCUCAAAGGUUUUGUGCAUUAAACAUAUUGACGGACAUGAGUCAGCUGUUCGGGGCUCCGCUGUAUUAAAGAUGUUUGCAGAACCUGGUCUAGCAUUACGUCGAGUGAUAAGUAAAGUGUUCAGUCCAUCUCUGCUGGCUCUCCAGCGGAAAAUUAGGAGUCUGGGAUCAACUGCGAUUAGUUAUUACAUUGUGUUUAGACAUUUUGUUUGAGAUAAUGAUAAGCUAUCGUAUAUUGCCAAACUACUUGAAUAUGUCAGAGAAGCUGACAGCCAAAAAAAGGAUAAAAACACAAAAAAAAGCUAUAAAAAGGGAAAAGGGGUUAAGUGGAACCUGCUGGUGAGAUAGCAAGUUAAGGGACCAGAUCACUAUUCAGGCCACGAAGGCCAAAGUCAUACAGCAGGUGGGAACAAGACUUUGUGGUUGUCGACAUUUAUUUUUCUUUGUAAGAAAUGCAGACAUGACACUUUGAUCUAUGCUCCUCUACAGGAAGAGGAUAGAGUCACCUUUCGGAUUAUUUUUUCACCGGAUUCCUCAUAUGCACAACUCUUGGAAAUGCUGCGCUUGAUACUUUGUUUUCAUUAGUUUUUUUUUCUUGUUUUUAAUUUUUUUUCAUACUUAGCACUCUACUUCUGCUUUUUAGCGCAUAUGUAGUGUAUGUGUUUCUGCGUACAAAGCGACUGCAUUGUGUAGAAUAUAUGCAUAUGCACAAAUACUGUAUGUCCAUAUAUGCUCAUGCUGUACUUAGUCUUCAUUGGGUCAUGAUGCUAAGUAUGAAGACCAGCUGCAUUGGGGAUGUAAAGAGAACGCUCCGAAGUUCGCUAGAUGCUGUAGGUUUCCUGUUAUCUGUGAUGGUGUAAUGUACUCUGCUCAUUUUGAUGUGUAGCCUGAAUCAGAGAUGUGCAUGGCUGGGUAGGUGAUUGCACCUAUUGGCGCAAGGCAUGAAACCCCCCCACACCCCUUCCCCCAACACACACGCACACACACACACACACACACAACAAUGACAAGAACAUCAAUUUAAUAUACAGCAUUUUACAACCAUGGUUUUCACAAAACUGUACAGAGGUUUUCCAGAGGGAAUCAAAGAAAAAACCCCAAGGUCCAGUCAGGGAAAAACAAUAAUAUCUAUUUAAUAUAGAGCAUUUUACAACCAACGUUGUCACAAAGUGUUGUACAGAGGUUUUCCAGAGAGAAUCAAAAAUCAGAAAAAAACAAGAGC